GUUUUCGCGUUUAUGCCGUCGACGAAUUUUGACCCGUACUGCAUUCCGUAGCGUGUGAGUAACUAGGAAGUGUUGGUAACCAAGGAAAGCAAGGGAUGAGGAGACUUUUCGGUUAUGAGGCGCAAAACGUUGUAAGGUUUUCACAAACAUUAAGGCAGAGAACCCCAUUUUAUCGCCGAAAGACUUGGAAAAUAUUUUUUUCUCGCUAUAGCGGCUCAUAAAUACUUGGGUAAGUAUUUCAGGUAGUAAUCGGAGUGACGAAAGUAUUACCGCGUUUAAACUGCUUGGGUUUUCUCUUGUGUGAUUGAACGCUCCUCAUUGGUGAACGUUAGUAAACACGAAACAUUCAAUUAGCAUCAGGAUAACUGGGUUACACAUUCCUAAGUGUUUUGUGGAGGCUAUGUGAAGUGAAUGUAACAGGAAUAAGGAUUGGGUUAAAGUAAUGCUUACUUUUGAUGCAUGUAACUUGUGCUUCAGGUCGAUGGCUCUGCCGACCCUCUCGGUUCAUGGGCCCAGUCGGUCCCGGGUGCUGGCCGGACAGCUGGCCCGGCAGCGGGAGCAGGAGGCUCGAUGGCGGCAGCAGUGGGAGCUGCAUGCUCAGUACUUCAGGGAGCAGAGAGUCCGCAGCCAGAAACAAGCUGUGUGGAGCUCCCGACAGUCCUACCAGCAGAGGUAACUUCACCAUACACAGAGUCACUGACUCUUCGAGCACGAUAACAGCUCGAGAAAUACAAGAAAUUAGAAGUCAGAUGCUGAAAAAUACUGGUGACUACAGAUUUCUACUAAUCAAACUAAGUCGCGGUAUUGAACACCUCUACAGUAUACACUCUCUCUCCCCUUUGUAGGUUUCACCACCAAGCAAUAAUACAAUAAAUGUAAGAUGUAUACUUGGAUUAACACAAGGGAAAUGUAGUGCAAUCCAAUACAAUAGGUCGAUACGGUGGCCGAGAAACGCCACUGCUGCAAAUAAAAAAAUAAAAUUAAAAAAAAAGAAUGCAAAAAAAAAAAGAGAAGCCACAAUGGAAGUUACCAAUCCAAAAAAAAAAGCCCACUGCGAAAAAAAAAAACCCCAAUGCAGAUAAAAAACAAAACAAAACAGUGGCAAUCAAAAAAAAAAUAAUACUUACUGCAAAAAUAAAAGGAUGCAAAUAAAAAAAGCCACAAUGGAAGCGAGCUGCCGGGGACCAAUAAUGAUGAUGCACCAGGGUUUUAUGAUCUAGGCACAGAAGAUGACGGCAAGAAGACGAGCAAAGAAGUAAGUGGAAAGGUUAUUAUUUGAUUUCGCUUCGUGUACUUUUCAAUGUUUCAUCUGGUUAGGCCAUGUAGCUUGAGUCAAUAUGAAGUUCAACUGAAGCUAACCCUACUACUGCAUCCUCCAGUUCAACUUCAUAUCGACUUAGGCCAAAACACUUGUGCAUCAUCAUUAUUGGUCCCCGGCAGCUCACUUCCGUUGUGGCUUUUCUUAUUUGCAUCCUUUUAUUUUUGCAGUAAGCUUUUUUUUUUCCCCCAUCGUUACUUUUUUUUUUUGCUAACUUCCGUUGUGGCUUUUUUUUUUUUUUUUUUUAAUCUGCACCAUUUCCUUUUUUUAUUUGCAGCGGGCUCUGGUUUCUUUUUUUGUUGUUGUUGUGACUUCUUUUUUUUUUUUACAUUCUUUUUUUAUUUGCGGAUUAUUGGUUAAAAAAAACUCAUUAAAAGAGUAAAAGCACGAUAAGCAGGUUCUAUGAGGGGGGAUCAAAAGUUCUGCUGGAAAGGAAAUUUUUUAGUCCUUUUUAAAAACUUUUACUGGGUUGUGGUGCCCUCAGGGUGUCAGGGAGGGCACUCCAAAGGCGUGGAGCAGCAGCACAGAAGGCCAUAUCUCCCAUGGUCCUUAAUUUGGUUCUGGGGGUGAGGAGGAUACAUAGAGCUGAAAUGAAGCAAUUGAUAAACCAUGAAGUUUCUGUAUGAAUGCAAAGAUUUUCAUCUUUUUAUGAUCCACUUUAUAAUUGUCAUGAUAAUGCAACUAGGUUUGUUUGACAGUCACUGACAAAUUUUUAGGAUGAAGUUGCUAAUUAAAUAGAUUGUUGAUGUUCAUAUCAUUAAAACCAGGUAUUUCACAUAGGUAUUUGUUGAUUCUUUUGGAAUAGAUGAAUAAUCUAAAGAUACAGUGCAGGUAUGAUCUUUUAGCACUUAAGCUCAGAGGUAUUCUCUUCCUCUCAGAUAAUGCUGAAAAAAGAAACAAGGAGAAAAACAACCUUUCCUUUUUCAACCUCUAUUUUGUCAGCAUGUCAGCAUACCAUAACCAAAGACUGAAGGAGGAAAAGAAAGCCGAUCUGGAGCAGCGCAGGGAUCGACUGAGGACUAUGCUUAAAGAGGAGCAGGACCAGCUGGAGGCAGAGCUUAGAAAAGUGGUGCCUGACAGGAAAACACUAGCAGGCCAGCUGGUGCAAAAAACUGAGGAGCUACGCACAGUGAGAGAGGAGAGAAGAAAAAAGGUGUUUCAAUUGAUCUGAUCAUUCCCCUUUCAGCACUGCAUCACAGUUUCUUUACAUUACUGUCAGUCUACAAUAUGUUUCUCUUUUUCAUCCCCAGCUUGCACAAGAGCUCCUAAAGGAACAUUGGAAGAAAAACAACCCAGAGCUGCGGGAGGUAGCUAAUUUUAAUUUUUAACACAAAAGUCUCACCAUGUUGCCAUUCCUUUUAUAAUAGUUUCUGACAUGAAAAAAAAGACAAAUGUAAUUAGGAUUCUUGAGGCAAUACUCUGCUUCCUAAGACUCUUGUGGGAAGGGAAAAUAGACACUUUUUGUCACAUUACCCACUUGAUCUUGAAACUAAUAGGGCUUGUGAUGUGGAUAUUCCAUGACUUUCUGUGAACCUGAGAGAUUGAGAUGAUCUGGUAUCUCUUCAGUUUAGGCUCAUGUUCAUCAGUAUCUCUGUCUUAUCUUUGUUAGUACCUGCUUCCUUAAUCUGUCCACAGGUGGAGUCAGCAUUGCAUACAGAUCAUGUUGUCAGCCAAUGGCAGGGGCAGAUAUCUGAGAGAAGACAGGUAAGACAUUCAUCACAGCUGUCCAAACAAACAGCUAAAUAAUUUCCUUUAGCUGUUUUUACAAUCAUCUAAAUUCUGCAAGUGUUUUUAUCCUUAUGUUGUUGAUCAACAUUGAUGUUGCUAGUUUGCAAAUUAAUUUGAACCAAAAUAAAGAGAAGCCGCUUCAUUCUCCAAAGUAUCACCUCAGUCGAGCCAGCAGGGGCAAAUAGCACCCACAGAUCAUUAAACUCUGUCGUUAUCUGUUUACUCGACUAAUUAUUUAUGUAGCAAAUCAAUUUUUAAUUAAACAGUACCCAUCUGUGCGCAAAGUAUCAACUGUGAAAUCCACUCUCAUCAAUCACUUCAACAUGGUACAUAAUUGAACAAGUUUUGACACCCAUUGUAAGUGACCCAUGUCUCCAAACAUGCAGCAAGAAAUAGCAGAACACGAGGAGAAGAGACGCUAUGAAAAUGAGUACGAGAGGACUCGAAAAGAAGCUCUGGAGAGGAUGAGGCAAGCGGAGGAAAAAAAGAAAGAAGAGGAGCAGAAGAGGGCUGAAGAUCUUCGAAAACAGAUGGAGGAGCUGAAGCUGAGGGAAGAAGAGGUAUCUAGUGAUUGGAUAUGACAGCUCUGCUCUUUAAAAUUACAUGGCAGAUGUGUUUUUCACAUUUUUUCCCCCUCAGGCAACCCGUCUAAAGAAGGAGCAUGAAGCUCUGCUGGUCAAGAAGUGGGAACUGGAGAGGAUAGAGGAGGAGAGGAUGAAGGUGGAGGAGCGUCAGAAGAAGUCUGAGAUGGGGUAAGGGAAGCCCUUUUUACUCAGAACUAAAUACUAGUAAGGUGAUACUUCACUCACUGGAUUUGUGAUUCAUCAGGCAUUUCUUGGUCCGUCAAUAUCGUGCUCAGCUUAGGAGGAGAGCUCAGCGAGUGCAAGAGGAGCUGGUUCGUCUAGUUUUAAUAUUUCUAACAUUUUUAUUUACAAGUGGAGUAUUUAGCCUUUUUUCAUGUUGCACUCCUCUGUCCUCAUCAGGAGAAUGAUCAGCGGAUCCUGGCUGCCCUGCUAGAAGGAGAAGAGGAAGACCACAAGAUGAAUUCUGCACGGCGGGAAAGGGCCGUCGCAGAUGUUGCCUGGAUGAAGCGCGUCAUUGAAGAGCAGCUUCAACUAGAGCAGGAGAGGGAGGCUGAGUUUGAUGUUUUACACAGGUAAGCACAAAGAUUUUAUGAGCUCUGUGUCUGUUGGAGGGGGACUCAACUAUAAAAACCACCAAUAUAUUCUAAUCAUUUCAGAGAGGAAGCCCAACGUGUGUGGGAGAAACGAGAGGUGCAGUGGGAGAAAGAGAGGAAAGCCAGAGAGAGGCUUAUGCGAGAGGUGAAUUUUAGUCAAAUUAAACUGAAUUUUUUGAGAGUGAUAUUCAAUAAAGUGAAAUUCUCUUUCUUCCUCGUGAAAAGGUGUUUGCAGAGAGACAGCAUCAGCUGGAGCUGAAGGUACAGAAAAACCGGGAGGCUCAGGAGGAGUCACUAAGGCAACGAGAGGAACUCAUCCAAGAGCUGGAGCAGGAGAGGGAAAUCAGACAGCAGGAGUUGGAGCAAGAGGCGGGUCGCAGAACUGAACGCAUGCAAGAGAUAAAUGCUCAGGUGGGCCCAUAAUGAAGUGGAAUGUCUUAUCAUAGUGCAUCAUCAAUUAUAGGACCUCAAAAAAGCUCUUCUCGGUCUCCAACAAGGAGUCUUUGAUUGCAGCUCAUUUCUGUGAUUGUGUGUGUGUGUGUAUUGUAGGUGGAGCAGCAGCGCCAAGAUCAGUGGGAGGAGCAGCGUAGGAUAGAGCAGGAAGAGGAAGAAGACAGGGAGGCUGUCCGAAUCCAGGAGGAAGAGCUGAGGAGUGAGAUUCAGAGGAUGGCCAAGAGAGGGUUCCAGGAAAAGGUAAGAGAUGAAAGUCAAAGUCAACCUUUAUGACUUCUUCAAUGCAACAAAAAAAGCUAUUUCAUGUUUAUUUUUGAAAACUUUGGCUCUUCCAGGUUCACAGCAGACCACGAUCAGCCUGGACCUGAGUUACCUGCAGGAAUGAGAUCCAAAACGUGCUGUGAGAUGUAACCAUGUGAAAGAAUUAUUCCUGAAAAUGAUUCACAUCUCUUCAAUCCAAAGUGACACACUUUUUCUCUGGUUUGGAUUUUCUCGCUGAGCCAAAAAGACAAAUGGGAUAUUAAUUCAACAUGAUUCAUUUGCACUCCUGAAGGGUAAAUUUCACAACGUACUUUUGCGCAUUUCUUUUUACAUAUUUCUCACUUUGGAUCAGUGUAAAGGUUAGUUUUUACAGAAAAGUAGUAAAAGAGUGAACGUUUUUAUCAACCGAAUCUUUAAAAACACCGGUCCUGCUUUACGAAUGAAUCCAGGCUGUGAUUAUCAUGACUUUUAGGACUGAAGUAUCGAAGUAGAUUCAGAGUAAAUGUGUGCCAUCUUUUUGUAAGUUAUUUAAUAAUAGUUGUUUGUAUAUAAAUAAAAAGGUUUUUUAGUUUCAAAGCUGUAUUUUUCCAAACUAUAUUUGUAGACUGUUUUCAAUAAAACUGCUAAAAAAA